CCCACAUUACCGCCGUCCUCUUUCUCAGCUACUCAGAAUGGCCCAGCAAGACGUGCAGAACGGAAGCCACGAAGUCAAGGAGCCAACUCCUAAGAUCGCCAAGCUUCACGAAAAGAGCGACGUUUCGGGAAACCCCACCUCAUUUUUCAGGGUGAAGAAGCUAGCUGAGAAGGCCGUCUUGCCCUCGAGAGGCUCACCUCUCUCUGCAGGCUAUGACCUCUCAAGUGCAACGGAGACGAAGGUACCGGCCAGAGGAAAAGCCCUGGUCCCGACUGAUCUGAGCAUUUCGGUCCCUGAAGGAACCUAUGCAAGAAUUGCGCCGCGGUCAGGGUUGGCCUGGAAGCACUCGAUCGAUGUGGGAGCGGGAGUCAUAGAUGCUGACUACAGGGGCUCAGUUGGGGUGAUAUUGUUCAACCAUUCUGAUGUUGAUUUUGAAAUCAAGGAGGGCGAUAGGAUUGCACAGCUGAUCAUUGAGAAGAUCAUCACCCCUGAUGUCGUGGAGGUUGAGGAUUUGGACUCAACUGCCAGGGGCGCCGGCGGGUUUGGAUCCACCGGUAUCUAGGCUGCCUGUUUAUCAGCCACGAGAGAUGUCUUCCUGGGCUUAACUGUGUUUUUGAGAUCGGGGACUGGUGAAUCAAGCUAGUUAGGGUUAAUUUUGUUGCAAGUCAUAGGUGACUGGUCUGCUCUUGUAAUGCAAAUAUUUUCAGUCAAUGGCUAACUGGUUUUGUUUUGCACAUUCA